UGAACCCACUGAGAGCCGGCCAGCCGGGUUCUCUCUCUCUCUCAUAUAAAAGGAGGUCCAGGCCAGCCAAGCCCAACAUCACAAUUCACAGUUCACACGCAUGCAGAUCAAGAACUAGCUAGCUAUAACCAUCACUACACCGAUCUACGUACGUGCAUUAUCUAGCUAGCUGAGCUUCUCGACGAUGAGGGAGCUGAUGCGGCGGCUGAGCUUCUCGGACCGCGUCAGCGACGGCAGCGGCGGCGUACCCCGCGGGUGCGUGCCGGUGCUGGUGUGCGGCGACGGCGACGGCGACGGCGACGGCGAGCGGUUCGUGGUGCGCGUGGAGGCGCUGCGGCACCCGUCGUUCGCGGCGCUGCUGGAGAAGGCGGCGCAGGAGUUCGGGUACAAGCAGGAGGGCAUCCUCCGCGUCCCCUGCGCCGUCCACCACUUCAGGGACGUCCUCGCCGCCGUCUCCGUCUCCUCGCGGCACGCCAGGAACUGAUCCAAACCACUAAUCGGGGUUCCUUUUAGUUAAGAUGGAGAUACUACUUUGGGUAAGGAGCAUUAGCUUAGCGCUGAUGAAGAUUGGGAUGCCCUGGAUUAGCACUUGACUUCUUCUUCUUCUUAAUUUCUUGUGAUUUUGCCUUUCGUUUCUUGGUUGGGAAUAUGAGACGGAGAGGGGUUGCUAUAUGCAUGAGCGCAUAUUAAAAUGCGCGUGUAAUUAAGAUCAGGCCUCCUGUCAGAAAUAUUCAGUGAAAAUUACAGAUUAUUCAGC